AUGAUGUUGGUGAUGAGUAAACUGAAACCGCACAUCGAUAGUUUCGACUAUGACUUUUUUAAAGAUUACAUAAGUCGUGUACAAGCUGUAUGUUUCAAUGAAGAAGCAACAAUAAUAUUUUCAGCAUCAAUUGAUGGUACCGUAAAAAUUUGGGAUGUUAAAUCUCGUGAAUACGAUCCUAUUCAAGUAUUAGAUGAUGCUAAAGAUAGUGUUACAAGUAUAUCAUUAGGUAAUAAUGAAUUAUUAACAAGUUCACUUGAUCAACGUGUUCGUAUAUAUGAUAUACGUUAUGGUAAAUUAUAUGAAGAUUAUAUUGGACAUAAUUUAACAUAUAUAAAUCUUUCACAUGAUCAACAAUGUUUUCUUGUUGGAACAUUAUCAAGUCAAAUAAUGUUAUUUGAUAAAAUAAGUGGAAAAUUAUUACAAACAUUUGUUGAUUAUACAAAUAAUACAUAUAUGAUUGAAAAUGCAUUAUCAAAUGAUGAUCAAUUUAUAUAUAGUGGAUCAGAAAAUGGUCGUUUAAUAUGUUGGAAUUUAUUAACAGCUAAACAAAUAUGUGCUAUUGAACAUGAACCAGAUAGUCGAAGAUCAGUUAAUACAUUAACACAUCAUCCAAAAGAAGAUAAAUUACUUACGGCACAAGAAGGAAAUAUUUAUCUAUGGAAAAAACAAGAUCAAAUUGAAGAAAAAGAAGAAAUUAAAAAAACUUUUACAUAUGAAAAACAAAUAAAUGCUCCUACAUUUGUUAGUGGAGGUUUUGAAUAA